CUUGGUCACUAAACCUUGAAUAUUGUUUAGGAUGUUAAUGUAAGAAGUAUUGUUCUACGGGGAGAAGGAAAAGUAUUCUCUUCUGGACACAAUCUCAAGGAAAUGACUCAAGAAACAGGAAAGGAAUACCACCAAACAAUAUUUACAACCUGUGAGACAUUGAUGAAACUUCUUGGACAGUUGCCUGUUCCUGUAAUCAGUGUUGUAACUGGGGUUGCAGCUGCAGCUGGUUGCCAACUGGUAGCUUCUUCAGAUAUAGUAGUUGCAACACCCCAGUCUAGUUAUUCAACACCUGGUGCAUCUGUUGGAUUAUUCUGUCACACACCUGGAAUACCAUUAGCAAGGAGGGUUUCAAGAGCUAUGUCUGGUUACAUGCUUCUUACAGGUUUAAGUAUAUCUGGAGAAGAGGCUUACAAUGCUGGGCUUGUAUCCAGGCUUGUUCCUGAACAGGAUAUACAAACUGAGGUAGAUAGAAUCUGCUCUGCUAUUGCGGGCAAACCUAGAGGUGUAAUUGCUCUGGGUAAAAGAUUUUACAGAAAACAGAUUGAGAUGCCACUGAACUCCGCUUACCCUGCUGGUGGGGAGGUCAUGCUGCACAACCUUUGGUUUAAAGAUGCACAGGAAGGGAUUACAGCAUUUAAGGAGAAACGAAAACCAAGCUUUACUCACUCAGAUGAAACAGUACAGUAGUACAGCAGUUGCAUAGCAGUAAAUUAACUUUUUUAGGUGUUCAGUACUAGCAGUAAGUUAACUGUACAGUGUCUAGUCGUGCCACUGCUUUAAUUUUACAGAAGUACUGUGAGAACCACAAAUCUCUGGAAUAGGAAGUAGACUUUUAGACUCAAGUUAUGACUUUAAUUAGUCAAAUGAACAUGAGACACAGCAAUUAUC